UUGGCUCAGGUUUCCGCCGAGUUAUCUAAGAACGCCGGUAAGACUAUCAGCCCGGCACAGACUUUAAUCAGAUGGUCGUUGGAACAAGGUUUCAUUCCAUUACCAAAGACCGUAACUGCAGGUAGAAUUGCGUCAAACUUGGACGUUUUCGAUUGGGAGUUUACCGAUGAGGCUCGCAAAACCUUGGACAAGGAUUCCCAUGAGAUUUCGGGGUGGGAUCCAACUGUUUACCAAGACCCAAAAUAA